AUGAGUUACGCUCAAUUGGCAAGUACAUUCCCUCAGGUCAAGAAGAUAGACUGGGUGCUCAAGUUCGCCGUCAGCCAUGAUACUCUCAACAAAAUAGCCUCAGCAUCUUGCACGGCUCAAGCUGUCAACCGUCGGCCUUGGCAGGUGCUCACAUCGGUGCAUCAUCUCCGUGACGAACUUAUUAUUGCAUCAGCUGAGCUGAGAGAGCUGGAUGAUGCAAUUGUUGAUUCUGGGGAUCAGAGGGCUGAACAUAUCUGGUUUGUCGAUCGGGAUAAGUUCAAGAUAGAUUCAUAUCCUACCCUCGCUGGCAUUGACUUCGUCGGUAGAUCUUGGCAGACCGUGAAGCUCGACCCUAUAUCACCGUGGUUAUUCAGGAUAGCCAUUGGGUUCUGCGUAAGCUGGAAUGACCAACUGAUCGCAGCGCUGGGGAAGCGCAUGCUUAGGGAUGCACCAGCGUGGUUGGAAGCUUGUUGUCAGUGUCUCAGCGGUGAGGCACUGUUCGGCUCUCGCGAUGAUAUCAAUCUCGAAUGCUGCGAUCAUAUGCUAGAUAGGAAUGGGCUCUCCCCGAAUCUUCAAUGCUUGAAUAGUCCCGACGAACACUUCGGGGUCGUCGCAGAUUUCGUUCGCAGCUUCAAGCCCGAUUUGGAGUUCUCAACUGACCUUACUGGACUGCGAGCACAGUAUCUAGAGCUUCGCGAUCGCUUAUGUGAGAAGUUUCUCCCAAUGCCAGUGGGGGAUGGUUUGCCCAAGAUCGACAUGGAGGCUGUGUGGUGCGAAGUGCAUACCAACUCGCGGAUAUACUCGGGAUGUGAAGAUUGUAUUUAUAUCAUCGCUUGUUGCGCCAUGAAAACUCACUGUGAAAGCGUGGUGGAGGCCCAAUGCUCGGUGCUGAACAGCUGUAGCCCUCGCAGGCAUCUUGGCCAUUCUGGACUCUCCAAGGAAGCGUUCUUGGUUUGGAACUCCUUAGGUUUAUCCUCAGAGAAUGUGGAUCACUUCCUCAUGUCCAGUUUGGAAAGAAUGCCCAAGACUUUUACUGGCUUCAGGAGGAAGGCCAAUGAUCCCAAGGCCAAGAACAAGAAAGUCACCCACUCAACGGUGAUAGAUAGAGUCCUGGCUCAUCAGCCUCAUGGUGAGCUGUCGGGUCCACGAGACUUUGUUAGACAGCAGCUGGAGGGUCGUCUUACCAGAAAAGCAGCGAUACCCAACGCUGGGAUAGGGAGAACCGUAGGCAAGGCUCGUGAUGGUCUGGUGGAAUCCGAAUCAAAUGAGGAAUCAGCUUCCAGUUCGGAUUGA